AUGUGCUCACCACUCUCUCUACCAUCUCAUGUGCUCACCACUCCCUCUACCAUCUCAUGUGCUCACCACUCUCUCUACCAUCUCAUGUGCUCACCACUCUCUCUACCAUCUCAUGUGCUCACCACUCCCUCUGCCAUCUCAUGUGCUCACCACUCUCUCUACCAUCUCAUGUGCUCACCACUCUCUCUACCAUCUCAUGUGCUCACCACUCUCUCUGCCAUCCCAGGUGCUCACCACUCUCUCUGCCAUCUCAUUUGCUCACCACUCUCUCUGCCAUCCCAUGUGCUCACCACUCUCUCUACCAUCUCAUGUGCUCACCACUCUCUCUGCCAUCCCAUGUGCUCACCACUCUCUUUGCCAUCCCAUGUGCUCACCACUCUCUUUGCCAUCCCAUGUGCUCACCACUCUCUCUACCAUCUCAUGUGCUCACCACUCUCUCUACCAUCUCAUGUGCUCACCACUCUCUCUACCAUCUCAUGUGCUCACCACUCUCUCUGCCAUCCCAUGUGCUCACCACUCUCUCUGCCAUCUCAUGUGCUCACCACUCCCUCUACCAUCUCAAGUGCUCACCACUCUCUUUGCCAUCUCAUGUGCUCACCACUCUCUCUGCCAUCCCAUGUGCUCACCACUCUCUCUGCCAUCUCAUGUGCUCACCACUCUCUCUGCCAUCUCAUGUGCUCACCACUCUCUCUGCCAUCUCAUGUGCUCACCACUCUCUUUGCCAUCCCAUGUGCUCACCACUCUCUCUACCAUCUCAUGUGCUCACCACUCUCUCUACCAUCUCAUGUGCUCACCACUCCCUCUGCCAUCUCAUGUGCUCACCACUCUCUCUACCAUCUCAUGUGCUCACCACUCUCUCUACCAUCUCAUGUGCUCACCACUCUCUCUGCCAUCCCAGGUGCUCACCACUCUCUCUGCCAUCUCAUUUGCUCACCACUCUCUCUGCCAUCCCAUGUGCUCACCACUCUCUCUACCAUCUCAUGUGCUCACCACUCUCUCUGCCAUCCCAUGUGCUCACCACUCUCUUUGCCAUCCCAUGUGCUCACCACUCUCUUUGCCAUCCCAUGUGCUCACCACUCUCUCUACCAUCUCAUGUGCUCACCACUCUCUCUACCAUCUCAUGUGCUCACCACUCUCUCUACCAUCUCAUGUGCUCACCACUCUCUCUGCCAUCCCAUGUGCUCACCACUCUCUCUGCCAUCUCAUGUGCUCACCACUCCCUCUACCAUCUCAAGUGCUCACCACUCUCUUUGCCAUCUCAUGUGCUCACCACUCUCUCUGCCAUCCCAUGUGCUCACCACUCUCUCUGCCAUCUCAUGUGCUCACCACUCUCUCUGCCAUCUCAUGUGCUCACCACUCUCUCUGCCAUCUCAUGUGCUCACCACUCUCUUUGCCAUCCCAUGUGCUCACCACUCUCUCUACCAUCUCAUGUGCUCACCACUCUCUCUACCAUCUCAUGUGCUCACCACUCCCUCUGCCAUCUCAUGUGCUCACCACUCUCUCUACCAUCUCAUGUGCUCACCACUCUCUCUACCAUCUCAUGUGCUCACCACUCUCUCUGCCAUCCCAGGUGCUCACCACUCUCUCUGCCAUCUCAUUUGCUCACCACUCUCUCUGCCAUCCCAUGUGCUCACCACUCUCUCUACCAUCUCAUGUGCUCACCACUCUCUCUGCCAUCCCAUGUGCUCACCACUCUCUUUGCCAUCCCAUGUGCUCACCACUCUCUUUGCCAUCCCAUGUGCUCACCACUCUCUCUACCAUCUCAUGUGCUCACCACUCUCUCUACCAUCUCAUGUGCUCACCACUCUCUCUACCAUCUCAUGUGCUCACCACUCUCUCUGCCAUCCCAUGUGCUCACCACUCUCUCUGCCAUCUCAUGUGCUCACCACUCCCUCUGCCAUCUCAAGUGCUCACCACUCUCUUUGCCAUCUCAUGUGCUCACCACUCUCUCUGCCAUCCCAUGUGCUCACCACUCUCUCUGCCAUCUCAUGUGCUCACCACUCUCUCUGCCAUCUCAUGUGCUCACCACUCUCUUUGCCAUCCCAUAUGCUCACCACUCUCUCUACCAUCUCAUGUGCUCACCACUCUCUCUACCAUCUCAUGUGCUCACCACUCUCUCUGCCAUCUCAGGUGCUCACCACUCUCUCUGCCAUCUCAUUUGCUCACCACUCUCUCUGCCAUCCCAUGUGCUCACCACUCUCUCUACUAUCUCAUGUGCUCACCACUCUCUCUGCCAUCCCAUGUGCUCACCACUCUCUUUGCCAUCCCAUGUGCUCACCACUCUCUUUGCGAUCUCAUGUGCUCACCACUCUCUCUGCCAUCCCAUGUGCUCACCACUCUCUCUGCCAUCUCAUGUGCUCACUACUCUCUCUGCCAUCUCAUGUGCUCACCACUCCCUCUACCAUCUCAAGUGCUCACCACUCUCUUUGCCAUCUCAUGUGCUCACCACUCUCUCUGCCAUCCCAUGUGCUCACCACUCUCUUUGCCAUCCCAUGUGCUCACCACUCUCUUUGCCAUCCCAUGUGCUCACCACUCUCUUUGCGAUCUCAUGUGCUCACCACUCUCUCUGCCAUCCCAUGUGCUCACCACUCUCUCUGCCAUCUCAUGUGCUCACCACUCCCUCUGCCAUCUCAUGUGCUCACCACUCUCUUUGCCAUCUCAUGUGCUCACCACUCUCUCUGCCAUCCCAUGAACUCACCACUCUCUUUGCCAUCCCAUGUGCUCACCACUCUCUUUACCAUCCCAUGUGCUCACCACUCUCUCUACCAUCUCAUGUGCUCACCACUCUCUCUGCCAUCUCAUGUGCUCACCACUCUCUCUGCCAUCUCAUGUGCUCACCACUCUCUUUGCCAUCCCAUGUGCUCACCACUCUCUCUACCAUCUCAUGUGCUCACCACUCUCUCUACCAUCUCAUGUGCUCACCACUCCCUCUGCCAUCUCAUGUGCUCACCACUCUCUUUGCCAUCUCAUAUGCUCACCACUCUCUCUGCCAUCUCAUGUGCUCACCACUCUCUUUGCCAUCUCAUGUGCUCACCACUCUCUCUGCCAUCUCAUGUGCUCACCACCCUCUCUGCCAUAUCAUGCCUACCCUUUUAUCCCUCUCAUGCCAUCCUAAACCUGAUUCUUCCACCCCAUGCCAUCAUCAUCCUCUCCACCCUCGGAUGCCUUUCUCAACAUCCCUGCCCUGCCAUGCCAUCAUCAACAUCCCUGCCCUCACAUGCCAUCAUCAACAUCUUUGCCAUCCCAUGCCAUCAUCAACAUCCCUGCCCUACCAUGUCAUCAUCAACAUCUCUGCCCUCCCAUGCCAUCGACAUAUCUGCACUCCCAUGCCAUCAUCAACAUCUUUGCCAUCCCAUGCCAUCAUCAAAAUCCCUGCCCGCUCAUGCCAUCAUCGCCAUCUCUGCCCUUCCACGCCUCCAUCAAUCUCCAUGCCAUCCCAUGCCAUCAUCAUCCUCUCCACCCUCUGAUGCCUUUCUCAACAUCCCUGCCCUACCAUGCCAUCAUCAAUAUCCCUGCCCUCCCAUGCCAUCAUCAUAUCUGCCCUCCCAUGCCAUCAUCAACAUCCCUGCCCUCCCAUGCCAUCAUCAACAUAUCUGCCCUCCCAUGCCAUCAUCAACAUCCCUGCCCUCCCAUGCCAUCAUCAACAUAUCUGCCCUCCCAUGCCAUCAUCAACAUCCCUGCCCUCCCAUGCCAUCAUCAACAUAUCUGCCCUCCCAUGCCAUCAUCAACAUCCCUGCCCUCCCAUGCCAUCAUCAACAUAUCUGCCCUCCCAUACUAUCAUCAACAUCCCUGCCCACCCAUGCCAUCAUCAACAUCUUUGCCAUCCCAUGCCAUCAUCAACAUCCCUGCCCUACAAUGCCAUCAUCCACAUCCUUGCCCUACCAUGCCAUCAUCAACAUCCAUGCCCUCCCAUGCCAUCAUCAACAUAUCUGCCCUCCCAUGCCAUCAUCAACAUCCCUGCCCUCCCAUGCCAUCAUCAACAUAUCUGCCCUCCCAUGCCAUCAUCAACAUCCCUGCCCUCCCAUGCCAUCAUCAACAUAUCUGCCCUCCCAUGCCAUCAUCAACAUCCCUGCCCUCCCAUGCCAUCAUCAACAUAUCUGCCCUCCCAUGCCAUCAUCAACAUCCCUGCCCUCCCAUGCCAUCAUCAACAUAUCUGCCCUCCCAUGCCAUCAUCAACAUCCCUGCCCUCCCAUGCCAUCAUCAACAUAUCUGCCCUCCCAUACCAUCAUCAACAUCCCUGCCCACCCAUGCCAUCAUCAACAUCUUUACCAUCCCAUGCCAUCAUCAACAUCCCUGCCCUACCAUGCCAUCAUCCACAUCCUUGCCCUACCAUGCCAUCAUCAACAUCCAUGCCCUCCCAUGCCAUCAUCAACAUAUCUGCCCUCCCAUGCCAUCAUCAACAUCCCUGCCCUCCCAUGCCAUCAUCGACAUAUCUGCCCUCCCAUGCCAUCAUCAACAUCUUUGCCAUCCCAUGCCAUCAUCAAAAUCCCUGCCCGCUCAUGCCAUCAUCGCCAUCUCUGCCCUUCCACGCCUCCAUCAAUCUCCAUGCCAUCCCAUGCCAUCAUCAUCCUCUCCACCCUCUGA